AAUUUUUUCACAACCAUUGCAAAAAUAUAAAGCAAUUGCAGAAGAAAGUAGAAAAUUGUAUAUAUAAAUGAAAUAAAACAAAUCAAAUUGAUAUUACAAACAAAUUAAAUUGUUUAGAACUGCAUUGUACACAAAAAAAUGGAAAUGGAGACUUUAGCAGAUGUGGUUUUCUUGGUCGAAGGUUCGGCAGCCAACGGGGCAUACAUCAAUGAACUGAAAACAAAUUACAUAGUACCAACAUUGGAGCAUUUCAGCCAAGGACCCAUUGAAGAUCGUGAAUACCUAAUAUCGGAACGAUAUUCUACACAAUAUUGCGUGGUACUCUAUCGUACCACAGCAAAUUUACUUGAACCUAUGUGUACGACAUUCGGACCAUAUUCAUCGCCUCAAAAAGUUAUGGAUUUGUUUGAGCGUCUGCCACUGACAGGCGGUGGAAUGGAAUCAUGUGCAAAUCUGGCAGAAGGUUUAGCAACAGCUCAUAUUUGUUUCGAUGACAUGAAAGAGCAUCGGGCGCGUUAUAACAAGGAUGGAAAUUUGUCAACUCAAAAACAUUGUAUAUUAAUGUGUAACAGUUCCCCGUACUCAAUGCCGGUUAUGGAAUGUUGGAAAUAUACAGGAAAAACAGUGGAACAAUUAGCGGGACUUUUCCACGAACGCAAAAUAAAUCUUUCUAUUAUUGCACCACGUAAAAUACCAAUAUUAUUUAAAAUUUUUAUGAAGGCUGAUGGCGACCAGCCAUUAACAGCUAAAAAAUAUGCCAAAAAUAUUAGGCAUUUGGUAUUACUAAAGGGCUACCACCUUAAAGAAAGACCACAAAGUCCAAAUAGUGCAGCAGCUGCGAUGGGCAACCAAGCGAACCAAGUGGUGGGUGGUCCAAAUCAACAGCAACAACAACAGCAGCAGCAACAACAACAACAGCAAAAAAGUGCUCAGCAACAAAAUACAGGUUUGACAAUGGAUAAUACGCAUGCUUCACCUCAACAGCAACAACUCCAACAGCAACAGGUUGCUCAAAUGGGUGGUAUGAAUCCUAAUCAGCAACCUGGUAAUCCACUUAAUCAACAGCUAUUGCAACAGCAGCAACAACAACAGCAGCAGCAACAGCAACAAUUUGGUGGACAAAACCCCAUGCAAAAUCCCAAUUUCCAGGGACAGGGCAACCGUUGGGUAUUCAAUCCCAAUCAGCAACAACAGCAAGCUCGACCACAAUUUUUGCCAAAUGCACCUGGAGGACCUAUGGUUUCAAUGGGUGGACCAGUAAAUCAAGGUGGCAUGCCUGUACAAAAUUCUGCUUUAAUAUCCCAACUUAGCGCUCCGCCUAAUCAAAACGUUAAUCCCAUGAUGCAACAACAACAACAGAUACGUAUGCAGAUGUUAAAUCAACAGCAGCAACAGCAAAUGCAACAACUUCAACAACAGCAGCAACAACAACAGCAACAGCAAAAUGUUAUGAAUCCAAAUAUGUCAGGCCCUGGAGGACCAAAUCCUCAACAGCAACAAGUUCCAGUUGUUGCCAACAACCAGCCGAAUACUUCGAUGGCAAACCAACAAAAUCCUGGUCCAUCUUCAGAUCAAGCUGUUAUGCGUGAUAAAAUUUGGUCGGGCACCUUGGAGUGGGUAGAGAAAAGUAAGCCUGAUCAACAGAAAAUACCUCGUACUCUACAAUGUACUGUAACCGCCAACAUCAAAGACGGAGAACCUGAAAUCAAGGCUAUAAACUGGCCACCUAAACUACUAAUGCAGCUCAUGCCUAAGCAUUUGGUAGGUAAUAUCGGAGGACAAUUUCUCAAAGACUCCAAAAUGGUAGUUUUUAAACCGCAACCAUGCGAAGCACUAGACGCCCUGGCCAAAAACAUGACAACAAUUUUUGCCGGCUGUGUACACUUUACAACUCCACCAAAUAUGCCGGCAUGUGAUAUUAAAGUUUUGAUUCUGUUAUACACGGCUGAAAAGAAUGCAUUCCUAGGAUUUAUACCUAAUAAUCAAUCGAUGUUUGUGGAACGUUUGCGAAAAGUCAUUCAGCAGAAGCAGUCAAUGGGUAUGCAACAAACAGCUGGUGGUGGACCUAAUAGUAUGCAACAACAACAACAGCAGCAACAACAACAGCAGCAGCAGCAAGGUCAGCAACAAUUACAAAAUCCAAUGGCUGGACAAAUCUCGGGUAACAUGAAUCCCCAACAACAGCAGCAGCAACAGGAUCCUAACCAACAACAACAGCAGCAUUUUAGUCAAUACAAUCCACAGCAACAAAUGAACAUGCAAAUGGCCGGUGGUCCCAUGAAUCAGCAAAUGAUGGGCGGACCACCUAUGUCUGGUGGACCCGACCAGAUGGUUGGCAAUAAUCCUAUGCAACAACAACAAAUGACCAUGAUGCAGCACCAACGUAUGCCCAUGAUGGCUGGUGGUAAUCCUAAUAAUCCCCAGCAGCAACAAAUGCCUCCUCAACAAAUGCAACAACGCAUGGUCCGACCCAUGAUGAAUAAUAAUCCCGGUCUUAGACAUUUACUCCAGCAACAAUCGACACCCGGUCAACAAUUUCGACCACAAAUGGGUGGCGUUGGCGGUGGUCCAGGUGGUGUACCCAUGGGUGGCGGCGGAAUGCCUAAUCCUAAUCAAAUGACUGGUGGUCCUGGAGGCCCAGGUGGUGGUCCAAAUCGUCCAUUCGACGAUAAUUUUGAAUAUAUGUAAACAUUUUUUUAUAAAGCAAUAUUUGUUUUCAUUUUUUAAUAUCUCAUCAUACUAAACAUAUUAAAUAUCUCUAUACAAUUUGAAACUUUAAUAAAGUUAAAAACUUGAAUCACUAAAAAUA